AUGGCGCCUGCCAAUGAUACAGUGCCUUUGGUCUUGAGCGCGACUUUGAUGGCGUACUCGGACGGGCCUGGGACGCCUGCUGACAGUCCCUACAGCCCACUACUGACCGGUCUGCGGACAGGCUUCAUCGUGCUGACCGCCCUCGUGAUCGUCGGCGGGAACGCCUUCAGUCUCACCGUCAUCCGAGUCGUCGACUCGCCCCGAUUUCCGCCCAGCUCCAAGGUGUUCCUGUCGUACGUCAUUCUGUCCGAUUUGGUGUACGGCGUCUUCAGCAUGAUUUUCAUCGCCCCGGCGGCACUGAACCACUGGCCGUACGGUCAGUUUCUUUGCGAGGCCAGCCACGUCGUCGAGAAUUGGAUAUGCGCCUGCUGUGUCAACGCCGCUGUUCUCGUCACGAUUGACAGGCUCUUGACGGUACUUUAUCCCCUUCGCCAUGCCACUAUGAUCCCUGGAAAAUGGGCAUUAAUCAUCGUCACAGCGGCCUCUGUGAUCGCCUUGGUGCUGGCCGUUUCUCUUUUGACGGGCGAUGUUGAAGUUGCCUACAACAACGCCGCCGUUAUGUGCCUGAUCAAAUGGUCCAUUGGCACGACCCCGUACCUCAUUCGGCUGGUAGUGUUGGGGGCCUACACGGCUUUCAUUCCCGCUGGGAUUUUAAUCGGCGGCUACGCCAAAUUGUACCUGAUCGCGCGGCAGCACGCCUGCCGCCGCGCCCAGCUGCAAAGGGGGGCCGUGCGCGCCUCAAGCUCCCGUCGCAAAAUCUUGGACGGCCCGGCCAAGGGCCUACGCGCACUCAAGAUGUGCAGCCUGAUUGCCAGCACGUUCUGCGUGGCGUGGACGCCCUACAUCGCCGUGUCCUUCCGGAACUACGCCGUGAAGAGCGAAGCUCCUCCGCUGGUCGACUUCCUCGUAAACUGGCUCUGCAUUUGCAACAGUUGGUGGGACGUCAUCAUUUAUUUCUUAAUGGCAAAGGAGUUCCGGAGGACUGCGCUGAAAGUUGUUCAAAACUGUUGGUUGAAAAACAAGCCCAACUAUAGCAACGGACUCCGAGUGUCCAGUGUCGCCGAAUCAUAA